UCACCAUUGAUCACUUAUGAUAAGUAGCUUCUAAAUGAGUAUAUAAAAACACUCAAAAAGAGCAACUUCAUAGAGAGAAUCMGUACUGUCAAACGUGAAUAUAACCGCCAGUCAGUGAAGCAGUAAUAUCGCCGUUUUUUUUGCAAGUAUGGGUCAGUCAUCAGAGCUAAUGAAGAAACUGUAAAACAUUACCAAUUUGGCAGCCAACAUGACAAGCAUAACGUCGAUAUUGCCAAUACUUUUCAUCCUCGUCGUGUACUUCAUUCAAAACUCUUCUUCUUUAUCUUCUUUGGUCUACAUCUACCAAAAACRUCAAAAAAUAAAWGGCCCCUUAAUCAAAAGCCUCCAGAUUCAAAGUAACAUUCUGUGUGCACAUCGUUGCUUAGCAAUCCCUAUUUGUAGCUGGUAUAAUUACAAGCAAACUGAGCCUGGACUUCAGCAAGGGACUUGUGAACUGGUUGGUAGCUUGUCCAUGAAGAAAGAUGAGUUUACUUUGAUUGRCCGAAUGGAAGGUUGGACUUGUGGGAAGAUGAUGAGUUAUGACAGAACUUUUAYAUUUUCAAAUCUUGGCGCGAAAGGUAGAAUUGGACCUGUAACCACUACAAAAUAUGAUGGAACAUCACUUCAAGGACAAGUGACGCUCGUCAAGGGGAUUCAGCAUUGGACAGUUCCACAAACAGGAAACUACGUUCUKGAAGCUUGGGGUGCUUCCGGCGGAAACGGAACUAACUCCACUUUACCACGAGUAUGGAGGAGAGGUGGACUGGGAGCUAGAAUAAAGGGAGUCUUCUUUUUAAAUCGAGGUCAGAGUUUGAAAAUUUUGGUUGGACAAGAAGGGCAACCAAUCAUGGACUUCAACCCUAAUCCAGGCAGUGGAGGAGGUGGUAGUUUUGUUACUUUUCCAGAUAACACACCAUUGGUUGUCGCAGGGGGUGGUGGUGGGGGAAGUUCGCCUGCUGAUGGAUGGUUAGAUGGUCAAGAUGGUCAAGCAACAAGUAAUGGAUCAUCAUUUGGAGGUGUGGAUGGAAGUGGUGGUAGACUUAAGAAAGACUAUUCUAACCCAGUAAUAAACUGUGGAGCUGGCGGAGGCUUAAAGACCGCUGGAGAAAGUACUUUCCUGUCAGGUGGUGGUGAUAGUUUUAUCAAUGGGGGRAAAGGAGGACUCAAUCAACCUUCUUCUAAAGGAAACGGAGGAUUUGGAGGCGGAGGGGCUUCCAAUUCUGAGCCUGGGGGUGGAGGAGGGUAUUCUGGUGGUAGUGUAGUUAAAGGGGUAUCAUCUCUAGUAGCAGGAGGUGGUGGAUCUUAUAAUGGCGGUGAACUGAAGGAAAACAAGGCGGGCGUAAACAAGGGCCACGGCAAAGUGGUUAUAACUAUUUUAACAGAUUAAUCAGGAUAUASUUAAUAGCUGUAAAACAUACUGGAUGCUCUAUAAAGUCAACCAAGUAACGGCAAAAUUAGUGACGACAACAGAACGACAAUACUUCAGACUGAAUUAGUCCAGUCCCARCCCACUUUUUAGCCCGCUCUAUUAAAUUGUUGGUCGUUGGGGGAAAAAGCGUCAAGAAAAACUUGCAUGUUGUAUCAAACUACAUUUGUACAGAGUCGUGGUGUGUGUCUUGUCUUAUAUGCUUUUUUAUCAGUAGAGCGGAUUUAGUGCGACUGCGCAAAAAAACACGGCACUUUCGUGCAGUAACCGUGCCGUGCCCUGUCUGCGCCGUGGUCCGUACCUUAUACGAAAUCCGCUCUAAAUUAAGUCUCGAUUAUUUCGAGACUGGGCAGUGGAUUUCAAGUCAGUGUCGUACAUUUUCRUAUAUCUUCUGAUGAUCUGAAAUCCUACUGUUUGUGUUCAAAUGAAAUCCUCCUUAAAAUUAACCGGCUGUCAUCAUCAGCAAGUCCAUUCUAAUUCUGCCUUAAAAAAAACACACACACACAAACAAAAAAAACUUACCUUAAUAAACGCCCGAUCAAGUAAAGGGAUUGUCGAUUAUUGUCAGGUUAUAUUAACUGAGAGUAAUAUGCUUUUUUGUGUUCGACUUGAUCAGUAUUACUGUUUGUAAUAAAAUGCCAUUCGUUAGAAAAA